GCUACUUAUUUUGUUUAAGUCAUAUUAUUAGUACUGAAAUUUUACAUAAAAAAAAAAAGACGAGUAAUAUGGAUGGAAGAGGAGGGUGCUGUAUAGCGAGGUACACUGGUGGCGGCGUGUCCGACAUGUCUAACUUUGGCCGGAUAAUGAUGCGAUUCCGGCCAAUAGCUCCAAAGCCACCAUCCCAAAAUGGGUCAGUUUCAGGCGGCGGAAGCAACUCCGUGCCGGAAAACACCGACCCAUCUGUCAAAACUGGCCGUGGGAAGAGAAAAUAUACUAAAGACUCUGCCAGUGCCAAAAAUACAAAUAAAAAGGUCUGUAACAGAAAAAGAAAGGCUUCGCCGGAGAACUCCGCCUCCGGUGGGUCUGUUUUAGGCGGAGAAACGGUGGUGACGCUGCCUUUGUUUCCAGAGACAUCUGACGUGAAGGAAAGUAAGAAAAGAGCGGCACCCAGUGCUCCUUUAUGGUUGAGCUUUGGGGGUGAAGAGAGAGAGAAAUCGGCCGCGGCUGUGGUUUCAUGGGUUAAAGUUGAAUGUGUAACUAACAGUUCGGUGGACUGUUAUCGUCUUGGCCGAACUGACGAGGAGAGGGUGAUGGGCCUACAGCGUGACACGUGUCCGGGUUUCAUAUCCGACAGUCUGAAUCGGGUGAUGUGGACCAAUGGGACAUAUCGGCAGAUGGUGGCUGCGGGCACGGAGGAGGUGGUGGCGUGUCUUGUAAUUAAGGCGGGAGUGGUGGUACCUGCCGGGGUUCCUUCGUUUACGUGCCGGGUUAGGGUGGUCACGUGCGGUAAAGACAAGAUUUCUGUCACACUGCCAUGUGACGUUUGGAGAAUGGACACUGGAGGGUUUGCAUGGCGGCUCGACACUACGGUGGCGCUAUCGUUGGGCCGAUAAGCAACUGGAUUAACUUAUGGAUAAGCACUUUUACUGACCCAUGUAAAUUCCUAAUAAUAAUUGUGAAUAUUUUUCUUAUUAUCGUUUUUAUUUUCUGUUGUUGCAAAUGUUUGUCUUGCUUGUUGAGAAAAACAGCUUAUAACUUAUAAGCACGAGGAAAACAUGUUUGAUGUAUUGAACUUACAGUUUGAGCAAGGAAUUUGAAUUUCUUUAUCAA